UGUGGUCUGAAAUGAAUGCAUCGGCAGUUUACUUUAUUAUCUAUCCUGUGAUUUGUUGAAAGUCGACUAAGCCUUUUUUCCAUCGGUGCCGGUCAUGUAUGUUGAAUUUGAAUACGCUGGAUCUCGAUUCAAAGUAAUUAGACGUGGGAAGCAAAUUUCUAUUACACCUGUCUAGUCUUUGAAUGUCAAGGCGUUGUGAAUUCAAAACGGCCAUCGCUUGUUGCGGCGUGAAUGUACCCGGAUUCGGUGCGUUUAAACUAAGGUGCAUAUUAAUAUAAGCCUUACAAUGUGUUCGAGUGCCGGCUUGUAUUUGCUGAAUAUGCGGCAAUUCGACUUGGAUAAAGAAUGCUUGCUUAGAGAGCAAGUGACAAAAGACACUCCAUUCGGGAAAGUAGAAGCCUAUCUUAUUAAACAGUUUUCUGCCUUCUUCGGCAUGAUAGACGUCUAUUUCUUUGGAUCGCGCGUUACAGGUGUGGCACAGAAUGAUGCCGAUCUCGAUGUAUGCAUAAAAGCCCGCUCAGGCCUUGAGGAUAUGUUAGUGUUUAGUAAGGCAGUAGACUGGGCUGAAGCGAAACCCUCUGAAAUACAGAUUGAACGUAAGAUUCCAGAGGGGCCGCUGCUUCUACGGGUGCACAUUACUACAUUAAAUCUAACAGUAGAUUUAACAUUUGACAGCGGAUACUCUGUGGCCACUUCUAAACUGGUUUCACACUACUUUGACAUGCAACCUUUUGCUCGCAAAAUGCACGUUUGUUUGAAGGAUUGGAAAUCGUUAACGAAUAUUUCGCAGCGGUUCCAUACUCAUGUUCUGACCAGACUUAUUGUAUUCUUUAUGCAACAAAGAAAUUAUCUUCCAGCGGUGGAAAGAGUGCUGGUAGGACCGUUGGAUCAGAUAAACCUGCUUAAUGUUGAGUUUUACCCGAACGAAAACUUUACGUUGAGCUAUCCGAAGGAUUUUUUUAGUUUAAUUAAAGAUUUCUUCGCUUAUUGGAAUCAGUUUGAUUGGUCGCAAAACGGAAUUUGUGUACUGAAUGGUAUGGUAAAACCUAGAGAAUGGUUCCGUUUUCAUACAGAUCGAACUACGGAACCGUCAAUGAUGUCCAGUGACUACUUUAAUCAAGCUCGCAACGCAUCACGCGGUGUCGACGUUGGAGAUUUUGAAUCAUUUCGAAUGGCUUGCCAAGAAGCAGAAAGGAUAUUAAAUCAAAAGGAUUUUAUUUAAAGAGUGUGAUGACGUGUUUGUUUUGCCCAGUUUUCUGUCUGCUAUGGAUCUAAUUUCAUUUUUCAUUGGACUUUGUAUGUUCAAUGCAACAUUCAACUAUCUGAAAAUAAUAUAAAGAAUCUGAUUCAUUUCAAUGAUUGACUGCAAUACAAGAUAGAUAUAGAAAAGCAGAUAUAUUUGUAAGUGAUAACAUUUGAAUAAA